AUGACAGCUGCAAGAGUGCCUCCAUUUGUGAAUGGCCAGCCUAGACUAUUACCCAUCCCAGAAAAAUCCUUUUUUCUUGAGCAUCUUUCUCUCCCUGGGCCCUGUCUAAUAUCACUGGUACGGGCGGCACAGGGAGAGCGAGGCACAGUUCCUGCUGCAGCUGCAGGAGAAACGGAUAAUGGGGCAAGUGCUGGAGGAUGCAUCAUCAUUCAGCCAGGAGGAGAUGAUGAGACAACAGCAGAUGCAGCAGCUAUCAACACAGCUGCCAUACAACUUAUGCAGACAGAUGAACAAUGUGGAGGAGAGGGAAGUUCAGCAAGAAAGAGAGGAAAUGGAGCAGACACACAGAGUGGAAAUUCAACAGGUCCUCCAACAAGAAUGGGCUCAGGAGUCCCCAGUGGAGCCUCUCAGCCCAAAGGUCAAGGGAAGCAGUCCAAUACCAGCAAAGGACGACAUGGACGCCACAAAUCCACCACUGCUUCUGCUCAACAAAAUGGCAGAGGUGGACUCCAGGGAAAAAAAACAACUAAAAAUGCAAACAUCAUAGUGGAAUCACCAGGAAUAAUGUUUCCUGGCAUACCUGAUUGGUCACAGGUCGAAAAUCCCGUCCACCCCACCACCCCGCCCUCCCUUUGUCACUGCCAGGAAGCAUCGCUGUCAGGCCAACAGGGCUAA